AUGGAUACGGCUGCAACUGGUAAUGGCUCACUAACCAAAAUGAGUACCGCUUCAGUAAAACAAAUUAGGCCAUGUGAGUUGUUGCCAUUGGAAGGAAAUAACUCGGCUACUAUUCCUGUUGGCUGUGGAACCUAUGGCGAUUGUUUUCUUAAAACGUUUAAGAGAUUUGGGAUUACUGUUGUUGAGAAGAAGCUGCCAACAUCUGAUUUAAAAGCAGUUAUGAAUGAGGCACAAUGUAUGAAUACACUAACUCAUGCAUCUAUUCCACACUUAUUAGGUGUCCAAAUUGAAGAAAAACCUUUCUCUUUAGUUAUGCAGUUUGUUGGUGAUGAGGAUAUGGAAUCAGUAACAAUUGAUAGGUUGUUGCACCAAACCAUGCCAAAACAUUUGUUACUUUCCACAAAUGAGUGGAUUUCAGUUUUACUUGACAUUGCAGAAGCUCUUUUUCAUGUUCACAUCAAGGGUUUUUUGCACUGUGAUGUCAAGUCAAAG